UUACCUGAGAGCUAGUGCCCGCGCUCAGGCAGUAGUCAGUAGUCAGGCCGCGGGCAGGAUCCUGAGGACGGCAGCAGCAGCAAAAGACAAUGGCAGCAGCAUUAUCCGGGGUGACGGUGAGCGCUGCUGCGGGGGUUUUGGGAAGACAGCUGGUAUCGGCUCAUCGCAGUUGGCCUAGCAUCACAUGGAGGGCUGCAAGCUCAUUUAAGGCCUCUGACCUUCAAAUAGAAUUAAACAAACUUCCAAAAGAGAAGCCGUCUGUGGAAAACUUAGUAUUCGGGAAAACGUUCACAGACCACAUGCUGACUAUAGAAUGGACCAAUGAGAAAGGCUGGGGUAAGCCCCACAUUAAGCCCUUCCAAAACCUUUCCCUUCACCCUGCCACCUCUGCCCUGCACUACUCAGUUGAGCUGUUUGAGGGUAUGAAAGCCUUCAGAGGGGAAGAUAAUCAAAUCCGUCUCUUUCGACCCACUUUGAACAUGGAGAGAAUGCAUCGGACAGCACUGAGAGCUUGUCUACCUUCCUUUGACAAGGCCGAGCUUCUAGAGUGCCUGCGGAGACUAGUUGACACUGACCGAGAUUGGGUUCCACAAUCUACUUCUGCCAGUCUGUAUAUUCGACCUACCUUUAUUGGCACAGAGCCGUCUCUCGGAGUUACAAAGUCCAAUCAUGCUCUACUGUAUGUCAUCAUUGGCCCGGUGGGACCAUACUUUGCAGUGGGAGGAUUUUCUCCAGUUUCACUUUUGGCUGAUCCGAAAUACGUGCGUGCCUGGAUGGGGGGCGUUGGGGACUAUAAGCUGGGCGGAAACUAUGGUCCCACGAUACAUGUGCAGCACGAGGCAGCAAAGUUAGGGUGUCAGCAAGUGCUGUGGCUGUAUGGUGAUGACCAUCAAGUGACGGAAGCUGGUACCAUGAACUUCUUCAUGUACUGGAUUAAUGAGCAAGGAGAGAAAGAGCUGCUGACCCCACCUCUCAACGGCCUAAUCCUCCCUGGAGUGACCAGACAAAGUUUGCUGGAUCUGGCACGGCAAUGGGGGGAAAUCAAGGUCUCAGAGCGCUCGGUUACUAUGGCUGAAGUGAUUAAAGGGCUGCAAGAAAACCGGGUAAAAGAGAUAUUUGGAGCAGGAACUGCCUGUGUGGUCUCUCCAGUCAACCGGAUACUUUAUAAUGGAGACAAUUACCACAUACCUACCAUGGAGAAUGGGCCCGAUAUGUCAAAACGCUUCUUGAAAGAGCUGACAGACAUUCAGUACGGCAGAACUCCCAGCGAAUGGGUAUACCUAGUCUGAAAUGGAUGAGACGUCCGUGAAACUUUCCAUUCCAAAACAUUGCAAUCCAUGGAUUUUAUUUAUAAGCGGUUUCACUUUUCUUGGGACUUGUCAUGAGAAUCAAAAACAAGAGCGUCUACCUCCAACAUUGCAGCCUUUUCAUUUGUCGUUUACUUUUUAUACUCAAAGAUGACAGAUACCUGGCCUCUUGUACCUUAAUGUUUUGAAUGGAACUAUGAGAUUAUGGUAGUAGAUAAACUAGAAUGCUGUGUAACUGUAGAUUAGAGAAAACAAUGAUAGUGGUGCUGGUUUUGUGUUUUCUCUUGUGUAUUGUACAUUCUGUAGUUUACAUACAUGGAUGGUGCUACAGGAGUACAAUCUAGAACAGGUCUUCCACACUGCUGCUAUACACAAGGCUCCAUGUUCUUACAGCAAUAUAAAAAGCAAAUUAGAUUUUUCUCAAACUACUCAGCUAUUAAACAUACUUAUGUCACGUUCAGUCAUAUUCUGGGCUGUGGCUGUUUUUGUCCUUACAACACUAUAACUGCAGAAUCACAAGCCAACACUAGAGGGGGCACUUGGGCAGCAAUUUAUAUUAUUAUGUAGGUUCUCACAACAUUGAUCAGUGCUAGUGUUUGUAAAGGAUUUCAAUUGAAGGAUUUGAAUUUAAGGUAAAUCCAUGAAAAUAACCGGAAACUGCUCAUCAAGAAUUAUUAUGGAAAUUCUAGUAUUUAAUAUUGGUAUUUGAUAGUCUGUUGGGCAUGAUUGAUUGAGGCAUGUGUAUUACUUACUUUCAAUGACAUUGAUGAUUACACCUGCGUUUGUUGUCACUUUGGUUUUCAUAUCCAAGGUGGAAGAUAAAACACAUACAUUUUGCAGAACAUGGAGUUUGGCAGAGGGUCAUUGCAGCAGGUAGUGGGGCGUGAUUGGCUCACUGGCCAGAGUUUGGAUCUGUUUGCUGUAUGUGACAAGAAUUUCUUGGUGUAGUUGGUAUGCGUCAUUGCACCACUCAGUGACACUUAUCCUGACCCUUAAAUCACUGGAGCCAGGAAUAAGGUGAAUAAUGGCUCUGUUAAACGUCUUUGUCUUUUGGCAAUAAAACAUGUAAUGCUACUUUGCCGGAAAUCUUAUGAUGACAAUGGAAAUAAAUCCUUCAAAUUUG